GACAGGGGUGGUACAGGUGUGUACGUGCAAGGUACUUAGGUAGGGCUUGUGCUGUCAUCAUUGCUGGGCUAAGUUGGAAUAAAAAUCUCGUCGGAACAUGUCGUCGGUGUCGACCCUGGUGACCGUGCCGUGGCUGGCGGAGCGGCUGGCCUCCCCGUCCCUGUCCUCUCGGGUCAUCCGCGUGCUGGACUGCUCCUGGUACCUGCCCAAGCAGAAGCGCGACCAGCGGGGCGAGUACAAACUGCAACACAUCCCGGGAGCGCUCUUCUUCGAUCAAGAGGAAUGCUGUGACAAGGCCAGUCCGUACGAAAACAUGCUGCCGUCUCCGGAGGACUUCGAAAGUUACGUCGGUAGUCUAGGCGUGGACAACAACACGCACGUGGUCGUGUACGAUGGUUCAGACAUGGGCCUGUUCUCUGCCCAGCGUGUGUGGUGGAUGUUCCGUGUGUUCGGGCACCCCCUGGUGUCUGUCCUGAACGGUGGGCUGGGCAAGUGGCGCGCAGAGGGGCGCGGGGUGUCCAACGAGAUUCCCAAGGUCGAUAAAGCCACCUUCAAGGCCACCUACACACCCGCCCUCGUGCGCGACUUCGACUUCAUGACGACUAACCUGGCCGACAAGACAGCGCAGGUUGUGGACGCCCGGCCGCCUGGCAGGUUCAACGGGACAGAACCAGAACCAAGGGCAGACUGCGAACCUGGUCACAUCCCGAACAGUCUGAACAUGCCGUUCGGUAAGAUCCUGGACCCGGAGAGUAAAACCGUCAAACCUCCGGAGAAACUUCGGGAAGUGUUCGCGGCUGCAGGUGCAGACCUAUCUGGCCCGAUGGUAGCGACCUGUGGUUCAGGCAUGACGGCCUGCGGACUGGUGCUGGCCGCCUAUCUGUGCGGGAAGGAAGACGUGCCGGUGUUCGAUGGGGCAUGGGUCGAGUGGUUCAAACGUGCCAAGCCGGAGAACAUCAUUUCUGAGGCUAAAAAAGAGUAGCGGGGUCUCAAGAUUCAACAGUCAGUCCCUCAUGGGAUGGGGUUGUAAGUGAGCCUCGUCAUUGUGUUGCCAAACAAGAGUUGCAGUAUCGUAAAGUAUAUUUUUCCUUGUAGCUGGCACACUGCGGUUAUCAUAACCAGGAAUGUAGAAAUGCACUAUCACUUGCUUCAACAGGGUCAAUUUUAUUGGAACAGACUAGAAAUAGGACAAGAAGAAAACAGACCUUUGUGCCUUUUUAUAAAGAUGGACUGGGGUGACAUAUCGAUUGAGCUUUGAAAUAUUUUUGACAGUUGAUCGUCCAAAUUUAACCGCAAUAAUUAAAUGGUGCGGUUGCCGGAAAGAUGGAUGCGGCGAGCCAGUGAAGAUCCUGAUCACUACUAUCUCUGCGACCCAAUCUCUGCUUUGAGAAUAGCAAGAUUGGUUAAAUUCUUAAUUUUCAAGUUGUAUGACAAAAGAAACCUGUCUGGUGUACCAUAACUACAUGGACCAGCCCUCAAGUACUAGUACCUCACGUGACUCAAGUUAAUGGUUGUAUUCUAUCUGUCAAAAGAAGAGGAUAAGUUGGAACAAAUUAUCUAAAAUCCACAGCGUGUAGAACGCGCACUUGACAAAGUUGCAAAGAUGUAAAUUUGCUUUCAAAGCGAGUCAAAAUGCAAUCUGAUGUACAUGAUCAUUUGAGUUAAACUGAACAGAUAUAUCUAAACAAUUUCAGUCAUUAUUUAGUGACAACACUGUUUUAUGUAUCUAGAACUGUAUACAUACUCACGAUUCCUGUCAAUGCACGUAUUGUAACGACUAGUUUUUAUCACUUUCCGUCACUUGUGAAUGAAUAAAUCAUAUGCAAAACGA